AUGAGUUCCUCUCUCGAGGCUAAGAUCGUUGUUCUGGGUGCGCAAGGUGUUGGCAAGACAUCCCUGGUUCAACGCUAUGUAAAGAACGCCUUCAACCCUUCAGGCACCGCAUCUACUGUCGGCGCCUCGUUUGUCACCAAACGCGUCCUCGACAGCGCGUCCGAUACCAUCGUCCGUCUUCAAAUAUGGGACACUGCAGGUCAGGAACGAUUUCGCAGUAUUUCCCGACUUUACUACCGCGGCGCGAACGCCUGUUUACUCUGCUACGAUAUCACGGAUGAGCAAAGUUUCCAGGAAAUGACAGGAUGGCUCCUAGAGUUGAAGAAUAACUUGACUGAGGACGACCCAAUUGUUAUCCACGUUGUUGGGACAAAGUCAGAUAUCGUUGCGCUAGAUCCGUCGUGUCGUCGCGUCCCCUUUGAACGUACAAUCGCCUACGUCGCAGAACAGCUUUAUCCUUCCCAGGCAUCAACCCCUCCUCCAACUGCUGGUGUGGGACAUUCCUCCAGCACCACUCUCCAGGGCCCGGAUAGCAAGCGCAGCAGUGGGUUUUGGGGACAAGACAUUGGAUGGGACUGCUGCCACGAGAUCAGCGCCAAGGAUGGUGAGGGUAUCGAGGAGGUUUUCCGUGUCAUCACGCGAAAACUAGUGGAAGAGCGCAACAAGAAGGAGGCUAGCGUCGUUCUGUCGCAGGGGUCUGGUUCCGGAAUCGACGGCGUCCCUUCACCUGUAGUGAGAAAUAUCGAAGGCAAUGGCAGUUUUCGCUUGGGACAUGGUGACAAGCGCAGGAGUUGGCUGGGCUUCCCGCCAAGUAGUGUUGAUGACGACGGUAUUGAGGCCGUGGAGAUCGGCAAGAAGAAGGGAGGACGAUGCUGUUGA